AGACCCGAGACUCACAGAGUCCUGUUACACGGCUUGUCCACAGAAUGUGCUUAAUUAAUUUGGUCUUGUCCGUAUAGAUUGAAUCCUAGCGGUGACUGACUGAUUCUUUUGCAUCUUUUUUUCCAGGGACUUUUCAUAUCUGCCUACUGCAGUCUGCUUAUAAGUGCCAACCUUCCUUCAUCUGCUUGUUACUAGAGAGAGAGAGAGAGAGAGAGAGAGAGAGAGAGAGAGAGAGAGCUUUCAAGAAUUCACUUGAAUAUGAAAAUAAAAAAGAACCCAACCAUUAUUCUUGCUCCUUUUAUCCUUUUGCGCUUUCUCUUCUUCUUCUCAUGGAUUUUUAAUAUAGCUGCGGCUGCAGCGGCUGUGGAAAACACAAAGAUUCCGGUGAAUGUGGGUGUUGUUGUUGACCUAGAUGCUCCCAGUGGGAAGACUUAUCUGAGUUGCAUCAAAAUGGCCCUCCCGGACUUUUAUGCAUCUCAUGCUCACUUCAACACCAGGCUGGUUUUGCACACCAGGAACUCCAACCAAACUGUUGUUGGUGCAGCUGCUGCAGCUUUGGAUCUGAUAAAGAAUGUAGAAGUGCAAGCAAUCCUGGGACCAGAGACAUCGAUGCAGGCCAGCUUCGUUGUCAAUCUUGGAGACGAAGCUCAUGUGCCCAUUGUAUCAUUUUCUGCAUCAAGUCCCUCUCUUGCUUCGCUUCGGAGCCCCUACUUCUUCCGAGUUACACAGACUGACUCAUACCAAGUGAAGGCCAUAAGUUCCAUUGUUAAAAAUUUUGGAUGGAGACAUGUUGUGCCGAUUUACGUGGACAAUACGUUUGGGGAGGGAGUCAUACCCUUUUUAGUUGAUGCAUUGCAAAAAGUUGAUGCUCAUGUCCCCUAUCGGAGUGUCAUCCCCCCAUCAGCCACUGAUGAACAAAUCGAGAAAGAGCUUUACAAGUUGAUGACCAUGCAAACUAGAGUCUUCAUUGUGCAUAUGAUGCCCCAUCUUUGUUCUAAACUAUUUGCCAUGGCAAAUAAGAUUGGAAUGAUGAGUGAAGGCUAUGUUUGGAUCACGACGAAUGGGGCUGGUAAUCGUUUGAGGUCAUUGGGACCGGUCGUCUUGAGUUCCAUGCAAGGGGUUCUAGGUGUGGAAACAGAGGUUCCAACAACAAUGGAGCUUACAGAAUUCAAAAUGCGGUGGAAAAGGCAAUUCCAACAAGACAAUCCGGCCAUCAUUGAUGUCUAUGUGGACGUGAUUGGCCUUCGGGCUUAUGAUGCUGCUUUUGCACUAGCCUUGGCAGCUGAACAAGUUGGGGAUACAAGCUUUAGUUUCCAAGAGAGAAAUGGUUCCUUCAGCUCAACAGAUCUUGAUACUUUUAAGGUCUCUCAAUAUGGUCCAAAGCUUGCCCAGGCCUUAUCAAAUACUAGAUUCAAAGGCAUAGCUGGAGACUUUAGUCUUGACUGUGGGCAACUUCAAUCAUCAAGAUUUCAGAUACUCAAUGUAAAUGGUGACGGAGUAAGAACAAUUGCAUUCUGGACACCGGAAAAUGGUAUGGUGAAAACAUUGAGUUCAACAAACACCAGUAUACUUUCAACUUCCGAGAAGUGCGAUUUUGGAACCAUCAUAUGGCCUGGAGAUUCUCUGUCUGUUCCUAAAGGAUGGGAGAUCCCAACAAGUGGCAAGAAGUUGAAAAUAGGAGUUCCUGUGAAGGUUGGUUUUACUGAGUUUGUUAAGGUAACCAAGAUUCCUAGCACAAACACAACAGAUGUUACGGGGUUCAGUAUCGAUGUCUUUAAUGCUGCAGUGGAAGUAUUACCAUACGCUCUUCCUUUUGAGUUCAUUCCCUUUGAAAAUCCUGACGGCACUAGCGCUGGCACUUACAAUGAUUUGGUCUAUCAAGUCUAUCUUGAGAAGUAUGAUGCUGUGGUGGGAGACACAACAAUUAGAGCAAAUAGAUCAUUGUAUGUAGACUUCACAAUGCCAUACACAGAAUCUGGUGUAGUAAUGGUUGUGCCAAUAAGAGACACCAGAAGAAAAUGUGCAUGGGUUUUCUUGAAACCUUUGACUUGGGACCUCUGGCUUACAACUUUUUGUUUCUUCAUCUUCAUUGGUUUUGUUGUUUGGGUGCUGGAACAUCGAAUUAACGAAGAUUUUCGUGGCCCUCCCUCACAUCAAGUUGGCACAAGUUUCUGGUUCUCUUUCUCAACCAUGGUCUUUUCACAUAGGGAGAGAGUGGUUAGCAAUUUGGCUAGAUUUUUGAUGAUUAUAUGGGUGUUUGUUGUGCUAGUAUUGACACAAAGUUACACAGCUAAUCUAGCAUCACUAUUAACAGUGGAACAGCUCCAACCAACUGUCACUGAUAUAAAGGAUCUUCUGAGGAACGGGGAUAAUGUCGGCUAUAUAGAGAACACUUAUGUUUGUGAAAUCUUGAAACAACUCGGUUUUGACAACUCCAAGCUUAAGCCCAUCAAAACCAUGGAAGAAUGUGAUGUAGCUCUUUCGAAAGGGAGUGCAAAGGGUGGUAUUGCUGCUGUUGUUGAUGAAAUUCCAAACAUGAAGCUUCUUGUUGCAAAAUAUUGUUCCAAGUAUACCAUGAUUGGUCCAAUCUUCAAAACUGAUGGCUUUGCCUUUGUGUUUCCGAAACAUUCCCCUCUAGUACCUGAUCUUUCACAGGCGGUCCUAAAUGUGACUGGAGGAGAGAAGAUCAUGAACAUUGAGAACAAAUGGUUCAGUCAAGAAAGCAAGUGUGAAGAUAAGUCCACUACUCCAAGGGUCUCAAGCAAUAGUCUUGGACUUGAAAGCUUUUGGGGCCUCUUCCUCAUUGCUGGGAUGGCUUCAAUUCUAGCUCUCAUUAUCUUUUUAGCUUCCUUCCUGUACAAGCAUAGGCAUGUCUUGAAGCAAUCUGAUUCAAGAGCUUCUAAAUGGAGACGGGUUCGAGCCAUGUUUGAAAUUUUCAACGACAAAGACAUCAGCUCCCAUACUUUCAAAAGCAGUCAACAAAGAGAUGGAAUUGGUGGUGUUGGAGAUGAAGUGAAAGCCUCACCAAAUAGCAACUGGCCUGAAAGUCCAUUCAGCUAUUUGGACCACACAGACAUGGACUUUGUAUUGUUUGAAGGGCAACAAACGCCAUCUACUACUAGUCAUGCGUCUCCGGAGAUAGUUCCAAAAAUUGAGCAUGAUAUUAUCACUGUUCAAGAAAUGCAUACAACUCCUGUAACAGAUCGUUUGGCUUAGAAGUAAUCUUGCAUUAAAAAAAAAUUACAAUGGUACUAAUAUAAACAGAAAUCAAUUAUUGAUUCCAGUAUGAAUUCAGCAUUGUGAGUUUA